GUACACACUCUAAAAGUCUUAUAAAUAGAGCAACCUCAAAACAUGUCUUCUUACAAAUAUCCUCAUCUCAUCACCUUAAAGACCAUAAACAACGUUAAACAUGGCAGAAACCCUUCGUAUGGCUGUUGCUGUUAUAGGAAAUGUUGCCUCAGUGUCUCUCUAUGCUGCACCAAUUGUGACCUUCAAAAGGGUCAUAAGGAAAAAAAGCACAGAGGAAUUUUCAUAUGUUCCUUACAUAAUAGCACUGUUGAACUCUCUCCUUUACACUUGGUAUGGAUUGCCAGUAGUUAGCUACAAAUGGGAAAAUUUUCCUCUUGUCCCUGUUAAUGGAGUUGGAAUUAUUUUGGAGCUUUCUUAUGUUGUCAUUUAUUUUUGGUAUUCUUCAUCCAAAGGAAAGGUAGCUAUGAUAGCUUUUCCAAUUCUUCUAGUAUUUUGUGCCAUUGCUCUUGCAUCAUCUUUUGCUUUCCCUGAUCAUCGACACAGAAAGAACCUUGUGGGUAGUGUAGGUUUGGGGGUGUCAAUAGCAAUGUAUGCAUCUCCUUUGAUUGUUAUGAAGAAAGUGAUACAAACAAAGAGUGUGGAAUUCAUGCCACUACCGUUAUCAUUGUGUUCAUUCUUGGCUAGUCUAUUGUGGCUUACAUAUGGACUUCUCAUUCGAGAUAUAUUCGUUGCGGGACCAAAUGUGAUUGGAACUCCCUUGGGAAUUUUACAGCUGGUUCUCCACUGCAAAUAUUGGAAAAGAGAAGUGAUUAUUGAAGAACCAAACAAGGUGGAUCUUGUUCAUAAGGGAAUUAGCUUAGAGAAUUUGGACUUGGAAAAGAGUGGUUUAGAAAAGGGGGACUUGGAAAAGAAUGUGACAAGUUCUUAGUAAAUUAUCAGUUGUGAUGUGUGACAGUGACAGUGUUUUAGCUAAGAUGGUGAUUUUUCAUUAGUUUUUUAUUAUGUUAACACCCCAACAAAAAAAAGUUAUGUUGUUGUUAGUUUUUUUA